UCGGGGUCUGGGGAACUCUUCAACAAGGGCGCAGGAGCACAGUCCAAUCAAUUCGACUAUCGCCCAACGUUUGCCCAGCUCCAGCUCCAAACAUCCUGACACUCCCACUCACAUCCCAUCUCAUACCAUCCUAUCCUACCUAUCCUGUUCAACCCUCGGUUCCACACUCAGAGCGACAAGGGCGCAUGAGGAAAAUGACGAGUGAAAGCAUGUUUCAAUGUAAGCAUUUCUCUCGAUCCCUCUUCUCUUUGCUUCAUUCAUCUUUCUUUGAUUUGUGUUGUGGAAGAAGAGUCAAGUCUGUCUUGUUGAACUUGUUCCAUAUAUAUACUACCUACCUAUACAUAUGCGCCUCUUCACAUGUGUAGUGUAUAGAGACACCCAUGUGAAAGUGCCAGUCUUUCUUACAGGCGUUGCAUCAUACCCCAAAAGCGGCAUUAAACUGACUUGUUUUCCUUUUUCUUAAAUCUCGCAGUCAUGAGAGGCAACGGGACAAAGUCUCUGACCAUCGUCAUCAAGCUUGGUGAGUUUACUUUACGGCUCAACACCAAGCUUGACUCAUCCCCCACUAACACUCGGCCUUCAUCACAGGAACAAGCUCCAUUGUCGAUGAGAAGACUCACGAACCACUUCUUCCGAUUCUGACUCUCAUUGUUGAUACGGCUGUAAAGCUUCGCAAAGAUGGUCACAGGGUGGUCAUUGUUUCGUCCGGCGCUAUCGGUGUUGGUCUCCGGCGUAUGGACGUGGAGAAGCGACCUAAGCAUCUCGCACAGCUACAGGCUCUUGCAGCGAUCGGCCAAUGCCGCCUCAUGAGUCUCUGGGAUAGUCUGUUCACCCACCUCAGGCAGCCAAUUGCUCAGAUUCUCCUUACACGAAACGAUAUUGCAGACGUGUGUCCAACUCUUUUGUCUUAAUCUUCAACAGUGAGCUAAAAAAAAAUAUGUUGCAGCGAACGAGAUACUUUAACGCCCAAAACACCUUCCAUGCCCUUUUGGAACAAGGCGUAAUUCCCAUUGUUAACGAAAACGACACUCUUGCCGUUUCCGAAAUCAAGUUUGGCGACAAUGAUACUCUCUCUGCUAUCACUGCCGCUAUGAUACACGCUGAUAUGCUGUUCUUGAUGACGGAUGUUGACUGUCUCUAUGACAAAAACCCCAGAACCAACCCAGAUGCUAAGCCUAUCGAGGUGGUCGAAGACAUCGCCGCACUACAGGCUGACGUCUCCAGUGCUGGUUCGUCCCUUGGAACAGGAGGCAUGAGCACCAAGAUUAUUGCUGCCAGGCUGGGCACUUCCGCUGGAGUCACGACUGUCAUUACGAGGUCUUCUAACCCAGGAAACGUGCUCAACAUUGUGCAGUAUCUGCAGUCAAUACAAAGAGGGAACACUCCUCCCAGUCCAGACGAGCGUGCUGAAGGCUUGUCACGAUCAGCAUCAGCUCUGACGCUCUCCAACUUAAAUGGCGCCCCUUGGCCCCCCCUACACACUCGCUUCAUCCCCGCCAACGAUCCCAUCAGGGACCGUCACUUUUGGCUGCUUCACACUCCUCAUCCUCACGGCACCCUCUACAUCGACUCAGGCGCUUAUAAGGCCCUUGUUGGCAAGGCGGGUCUGCUUCCGGUUGGCGUCAUUGAUGUCGAGGGUAACUUUGCCCAACAGGAGGUGGUGCGUCUCGUAGCAGUCAAGCGACGAUCAACCCCUGGGCCUGAUGGCAAAAUGUGGGAGGGCACCCCUGAAGAAGUCGGUCGAGCUCUGGUCAACUAUGCCGCCGCUGAGAUCGCGCGGAUCAAGGGCAAGCAGAGCGUCGAGAUUGAGAAGAUUCUUGGCUAUGCUGAUAGUGAGUAUGUCGCUCACCGACAGCAUGUCGGUUUCUUCAAGAGAGACAGCAGGCCAGUGAGUCCAGCUCGAGAGAUAAAUGGUGCAGUAAUGGAAUAGGAAGACAAAGAAAGGGCUUCGAGAAUGGGCAAAAUGGGCAAAGUGGGCAAAAUGGGGCAAGCGAAUACAUUUCAACAUAUACAGCGCUUUGAUGACGACGAUGAUAUCUACCAAUCUACAAAAUAACCCAAGCAUGAUUGACUUGGCCAUAAGUUUCUUUUCCCCUCACUCUCAACGCCAAAGAAUGAAUGAUUAAAAUAGCCCCAACGCCAGACGAAGCAAACCAUACUGCCCUCUAACCCGUCGCAAACAAGUUGUCUUCGUCACGGAGGUACUCUCCACAGUCGGCCUGUCUGAAACAAGUGACACCGGUAGGAUCCAAUCUUCGGGCCUCAGCAGUGCUGCGGGCAGUGACACCAAAUCCGAGCGGUGUGUCGUUCAUGCUGUAGACAACAACUCCCUGGUGUUCGGGGCAGUCCUCUGACCAGCGACCGACAUGCGCCUUGACGAUGUUGCUGCCGUAUAGGAAGGGCAUAGUUCCGUUUUCCUUGACCCAAAUCUUGUAGCGGGCGUGCUCGGCGAUGAUGGGAAGGGCUGUGAUGUGCAGGCGAAACUUGCCAGACUUGGUGAACUUGCCUGUGAAAUUUGAAGGUUAGCCAGAGAAUAUUGUGACAGUUAUCGAGGCAACGACAUACCGAGACAAGUUCCUAGAGAGAGAAGCUUAUCACGCGCAAUAGAGGUCGCCAGGUUGGCGAUUGAGAGACGAACGUAAAAGACACGAUCGCGAACUAGGCGGAAGACAUAGCGAUCAGGGUUGGGGGAGUCGUCGAGGGGUGCGAUCAGGUUCUUGAGGGAGCCACCAGUGUAGUUUGCCAGUUUCUCAAAAAGAGUCUGGGUCUCCUUUUCUGUGAGAGGGCGCAUUGUAUCGUUAGGAUAUGGUGAUUGAUGGUGUUGUUGAUGUUGUUCAAUGGCGGGAUGGCUUGGCUUCGCAAAACAAAAAAAGUUGAUG